AUCAGCAUCUAUUUAAUUUUUUUAUAUCAUGCUUUGCUUCCACGGCUAACAGAAAUCCGAUGCGGUGCUGCUAAAAUGUGGCACAAGGCCUGCGAAAAGAACAAUGUAUGAGUAGGUAUUUGUACAUGCAACAACAUACGUGCUCGUAAUUAUCAUAAAUUCAAAUUGGCAAAAGCUUUAGUUCCGUGCCAAAGAGGCGCAUCCGAUACAUAUGCCCGGCUCAGGCACAUGCGUCUCGCCCACAGAUCGUGCUCGACUUCUUUGUUUUACUAAAUAUGUGCAACAGAGUAAAGCAAUCAGUUUUUCUCUUAGACAGAAACCACAGUAAUUGCCAGUUCUCUUUCCCCUUUGCUUAGUAAGUUAUUUUAGACGAUCAUGACUCGCGUGUAUGUCAGACCAGCCCUUCAGGCUCGAUGGACCGGUUGGAAGUCCUUAAAGGCCUAUACACAUACAAUAGUUUGCUUUUACAGAUUGGUGAUAAAUUCGCGUGCAUUAUAACUGGACUCAAUUAAUUUUCACUUCCACUUCAGCAACAGUUUGACUUCAAGAUUGAGCACUUCCAAACAGCAGGGCUCGGUCGCAAUAACCGUGGGAGAUGUCUGCGGUGCGGCAUCGCCCGAUGGCUCCGCCAGCCACUGGGGAGCAUGGCGAUAGCGAUGACAAUAACUUUACCGACGACGAGAGCUCACCAUUGACACACGAUAUUUAUGGAGGCAGCCAACGCACAAUACAGGAAACAAAAGGCUGGGAUGUAUUUCGUGAUCCUCCAAUUAAAAUUGAGACCGGUUCAACGGCAAACCAAGAAUGUCUCGAGCUAACCAUUAAGAUUUUAAAAAUCUUCGCCUACAUAUUCACCUUUAUCAUAGUCUUAACCGGUGGCGUUAUAGCCAAAGGAACAGUUCUUUUUAUGACCUCACAAGUGCGGAAGGAUCGCAAGAUUGAAUACUGCAACAAGGAUUUGGGCCGCGACAAAAGCUUCGUUGUGCGACUACCUGAGGAGGAACGUAUUGCCUGGAUUUGGGCGCUAGUGAUUGCAUAUUCCCUUCCCGAGAUCGGCUCGCUGAUACGAUCGGUGCGAAUUUGCUUUUUUAAAACUUUCAAGGUACCGAAAACAGGUCACUUUUUGUUCGUCUGGAUGAUGGAGAGCUUUAGCGCUCUGGGCACAGCGUUAUUGAUGUUUGUGGUGCUGCCGCAGAUUGAUGCUAUACAAGGCGCAAUGUUAACCAACUGCCUCUGCGUGAUACCUGGCAUUUUUGGACUGCUUUCGCGUACCUCCAAGGAGGGUAAGCGCUUCAUUAAAGUCAUCAUCGAUCUGGCUGCAAUUGCAGCGCAGGUCACCGGCCUGGUUAUCUGGCCCCUACUGGAAAACCGGCGCGAGCUCUGGGUUAUACCGGUGGCCUGCGUAAUGAUCUCAUGUGGCUGGUGGGAGAAUUACGUCUCUGCGCAAUCACCGCUUGGCAUCGUACGUGCCCUGGGACGCAUCAAGGAGGAGAUGCAUAAUACGCGUUACUUUUGUCAUAUGUUCCUUUCAAUUUGGAAGAUUCUGCUUUUCUUCUGCGUCACUCUGCUCAUAUAUUGGGCAAACGGCGAGGAGCCCAGUAAUCUUUUCAGCCUCUACGGCGAUGCAUUUGGGCCUCAUAAGAUAAUUGUCUAUGAGUUACCGGCCGGCUUAGGAGGAGUGCUACCCGAUACCUUAGAGUCAGCCAAUAUAGAUACGGUAGAUGUGGAUGCCGCCUACAACACGGUGGUGUAUGUUCUGCUCCUGCAGGUCUUUGGAGCUUAUUUAUGCUACAUAUUCGGAAAGUUUGCCUGCAAGAUUCUUAUACAGGGCUUCAGCUAUGCCUUCCCCGUGAGCCUUACCGUGCCAAUUGCUGUCUCAUUCCUGAUUGCAGCGUGUGGCAUACGUAUUGAUGAUCCUUGCUUUUUCCACGAUACUAUACCGGACUAUCUGUUCUUUACCAGUCCAUCCAACUUUAGAUUUAAUAAUUUUGUCACUGAGCAAAUGGCGUGGGCCUGGAUAUUGUGGCUUCUCAGCCAAACGUGGAUUGCCCUACACAUUUGGACGCCCAAGUGCGAGAGAUUAGCAACUACAGAAAAACUAUUUGUUAGACCCAUGUACUCGGCUUUACUAAUCGAUCAGUCCAUGGCAUUAAAUAGAAGACGCGAUGACCAAGCGGAUGUCAAAACUGAGGAUCUGUCGGAGAUUGAAAAGGAAAAGGGUGAUGAGUACUAUGAGACUAUUUCAGUACAUACCGAUCGCUCCUCGGCGCCGAACAAGCCCUCGAUCAAAUCUUCAGAUAAUAUAACUCGUAUUUACACAUGCGCCACUAUGUGGCAUGAAACCAAAGAUGAAAUGAUCGAGUUCUUGAAAAGUAUUAUGCGAAUGGACGAGGAUCAGUGCGCUCGACGUGUUGCCCAAAAGUAUUUGCGAGUGCUGGAUCCAGACUAUUAUGAGUUUGAGACUCACAUUUUUUUUGAUGAUGCUUUUGAGAUUUCGGAUCAUAGUGACGAUGAUAUUCAAUGCAAUCGUUUUGUAAAGCUGUUGAUUGGUACCAUGGAUGAAGCCGCCUCUGAGAUCCAUCAGACAACGAUUCGAUUGCGACCACCCAAAAAAUAUCCAACACCCUAUGGCGGCCGAUUAGUAUGGACCCUACCUGGCAAAACAAAGUUCAUUGCACAUCUUAAAGAUAAAGAUCGGAUACGUCAUCGAAAGCGCUGGUCGCAAGUUAUGUAUAUGUACUAUCUGCUUGGUCAUCGGCUAAUGGAGCUGCCCAUCUCUGUUGAUCGCAAGGACGCCAUUGCGGAAAACACUUAUCUGCUCACACUUGAUGGCGAUAUUGAUUUCAAGCCGAAUGCUGUCACCCUGUUGGUCGAUUUAAUGAAGAAAAACCGAAAUCUAGGCGCUGCAUGUGGACGUAUUCAUCCCGUGGGAUCAGGACCCAUGGUGUGGUAUCAGCUAUUUGAAUACGCGAUCGGUCAUUGGCUGCAAAAGGCAACUGAGCACAUGAUUGGAUGUGUGCUCUGUUCUCCCGGCUGCUUUUCACUGUUCCGUGGCAAGGCACUGAUGGAUGAUAAUGUGAUGAAAAAGUAUACAACGAAACCAACAGAAGCACGUCACUAUGUACAGUAUGAUCAGGGCGAGGAUCGCUGGCUGUGUACCUUAUUGCUGCAGCGUGGAUAUCGAGUGGAGUACUCAGCUGCGUCGGACGCCUACACCCAUUGUCCGGAAGGCUUUAACGAGUUCUACAAUCAACGUCGUCGCUGGGUGCCUUCGACUAUAGCAAACAUCAUGGAUCUUCUUGGCGAUGCGAAACGCACUAUUAAGAUAAAUGAUAACAUAUCAUUGCUGUACGUUUUCUACCAGAUGAUGUUGAUGGGUGGCACCAUUUUGGGUCCUGGAACUAUCUUUCUUAUGUUAGUGGGUGCCUUUGUCGCCGCCUUUCGAAUUGACAACUGGACGUCCUUCCAUUACAACAUUGUACCUAUUCUGGCCUUUAUGGUAAUUUGUUUCACGUGCAAGUCCAAUAUUCAACUCUUUGUAGCCCAGGUGCUGUCCACUUGCUAUGCUCUUAUUAUGAUGGCUGUGAUAGUGGGCACAGCACUGCAGUUGGGAGAGGACGGAAUUGGUUCGCCCUCGGCCAUCUUUUUGAUAUCAAUGGUGGGCUCAUUCUUCAUAGCCGCAUGUUUGCAUCCGCAAGAAUUUUGGUGUAUAACAUGCGGCUUAAUAUAUUUAUUAUCAAUACCUUCUAUGUAUCUGCUCCUUAUUCUUUACUCUAUCAUCAAUUUGAACGUCGUCUCCUGGGGCACUCGGGAGGUUGUCGCCAAAAAGACCAAAAAGGAGUUGGAGGCGGAAAAGAAAGCCGCUGAGGAAGCCAAGAAGCGAGUAAAACAAAAAAGCAUGUUAGGCUUCCUACAAAGUGGUAUAGGCGAUAAUGAUGAUGAGGAAGGCUCCAUUGAGUUUUCGUUAGCUGGUCUAUUCCGUUGCGUUUUUUGCACCCACGGAAAAACAUCCGACGAGAAGCAGCAGCUGACCAGCAUAGCCGAGUCCCUGGAUACAAUCAAAACACGCAUUGACACCAUCGAGAGCGCUGUGGAUCCACAUGGUCAUCAUGCUUCCCGUCAUAAUAGACGUCGCACGACGUCUAGUGGCUCCAAGGAUCAUCAUUUGCUAACGUCGGUAGCUGAAAAAUCGGGCGACGAAUCCGAUGAAUCGGAUUCAGAUACCUCGGCAGAACCUAAGCAAGAACGUGAUUUUUUGACAAACCCCUAUUGGAUCGAGGAUCCUGAUGUCCGCAAGGGUGAGGUGGACUUUUUAUCAAGUUCGGAAAUUCAGUUCUGGAAGGACCUCAUCGAUCAGUACCUUUACCCCAUUGAUAAUGAUCCUGUGGAACAGGUACACAUUUCCAAGGAGUAUCUACAGCUAGAACCGAUUGGUCUGGUUUUUGUGUUUUUUUUUGCCUUAAUUUUGGUUAUACAAUUUACGGCCAUGCUGUUCCAUCGAUUUGGCACACUUUCGCACAUCUUGGCCUCUACGGAGUUGAAUUUCUGCAAAAAGAAAUCAGAGGAUCUAACACAAGAUCAACUUAUAGACAAGCACGCUGUGGAGAUCGUUAAGAAUCUGCAACGCUUACAAGGCAUUGAUGGGGACUAUGAUAAUGACUCGGGCUCGGGGCCCGAUCGCAUAGCACGCCGCAAAACCAUACAAAAUUUGGAAAAGGCACGUCAGCCGCGACGUCAAAUCGGCACCUUGGAUGUGGCCUUUAAGAAGCGGUUCCUUAAGCUAACAGCUGAUGCGGAGAACAAUCCAGCCACACCAAUACUGACACGUCGACUGACCAUGCGAGCUGAGACCAUACGAGCUCUGGAGGUCAGAAAGAACUCCGUAAUGGCGGAACGACGCAAAUCGGCAAUGCAAACCUUGGGAGCCAAAAAUGAGUACGGUAUAUCCGCAGUUCCACCGCUCAAUAACAAUGGGGCCUUGCCCAAUCAGCGUAGCGGCCGCGUGUCCAAUGCAGGCAUUAGCAUCAAGGAUGUAUUCAAUGUAAACGGUGGACCAGCCGAGCAAAUUUAUGGUUCCAAUGGCGGUGGUACCAUAAAUCAAGGCUACGAGCAUGUCAUCGAUGAAGAUGGCGACGGUAACUCCCUCCGUUUGACGACUCGGAAUCCGCAUCAAGUGUCUUGGGGUCAAAAUGUAAACGGCAAUAAUACGGGGCGUUUGUAAACUAAUUAUGAUCAUAUAACUCUAAAAUCUAAAAAUUUACAAAAAAAAAUUGAGUUUAUAGUCAAUACAUGUAUUGGUUACUUGUAUAUAUAAUGGACAUUGCAGGAGCCUUGUCAAUACACAACGAAUAUUUGCUAAGCUAAUCACACUG